GCCCUGAAGCUGAAGCGAGCAACAAUUGCGAUGACGAACAACAAUGGGGAUAUUCUAAUGCUAGAAGCUCCACCUCGUCCAGCUUCUUCUGAACAAGCUUGUCGACCUUGGUGGUCCACCGGCGCUGAAAUCAUCGACGCCUUGCCCUACAUCGACGACGACUACGGCUACCCCAAAGUCAAAGAAGAGGUGGAUCGAUUGGUCGAAGAUGAGAUGCGUCGCAGCUCCAAGAAACCCUCCGAUUUCCUCAACGACCUCCCUCCUCUUCCCAGCUUCAACUUCCAGAACCAUCCAAUGCUUGCCAGAGAGUAUGAGCGGGUUAGAGCUGGGAAACCUCCAGUGCCACUUGAUAUGUCGCGAUAUGGACUUGAACCGCCAUCUAUGAACAAACGGAAUGAUGAAUCUGCUUGGAAGCAGGCACUGCAGAAAGCUCAACGCUUACUACAACAUCAAGUAAUCAGGCUAGAAAAUUUGGAUCUAAUGUCAAAACAUGGUGUUGAUGUCUGGAAACAACACAACCAACGACUGGAGGCAUUCUUGUCCAGAAUGCAAUCACAAGCUGUGGAACUGAAUGAAAAGAUAGAAGUCGUGAAUCGUGAAAGGAAGUAUCAUCAGCAAAACACAGCAUACGAGCUUAAUGCAUUAUCGGCACAGUGGAAGGAACUGUGUGAGAAAAACAUAGAAAUACAAACAGCAUGUGCUAAAAUUGAAAAUCAUAUUGAAGAAAUGAAGAGAGAAGCUACAGAGAGAGGCUGGAAUUUAGAUGCUAAUAUAGAGAAUGGAUCCUUGCUGCAUCCAGAACAGUAAGGUUUUCAGAAGAUUGAUGGAACGAAUUAUGAAGGGGAUGAUCUUGUAGAGGGAGUGUCUCAUGCAUUUUAUUUUUUUGACUCUCAAGUAUAUUGGGAUUCUUCCCUAAUUCACAAAAGGUGAAUUUUGAGUUUGCACGGAGUUUUAUGAAUUUUUUUUAAUUGUAAAAACUACAAGGAAAAGCUUGUACUUUGCUCUUCUUUUUUUAUGUUGAAAGAAACCUUAGCUUAGCUGAAGUAAAAUUGAUUUGAGAAAAUAAAGUUUGUGAUGGGUAUGCAUAACUGAAAUGCAACCACAUUGACAAAUAACAUGAAAUGGCCAUUGUUUAUUUUAUUU